CCGCCAAAUUUCACUCGACAAUCGGCCGACCGACCGGUUGACUGGCCGGAGAAUGGGAGCUCUGGUUUGUCGAGAGGUGCUGGGCGCCCGACUGGGCUGGUCGGCCGGCCCGGUCGGAUGACUAGGGCAAUUGGGGGCCGAUCGGUAGCCGGUUCGGGACAUGUCUGUAAAGUGGGCAAGGCGAGUGAGUGGAUAGGGGGCGGCAUGGCCGCAGGAGUGAAAGGCCAACUUGUCUGCUGGACCGUCUUCCGGCGUCUCUCUGUCCAUCGGGAGUUCCAUGUGGUCGCUGGUCAGGCCUCACAUCCGCCUGCCCAUCGGCCUGGCUCUGUUUGUCCAAGGAUGUUGGCUGUUUACAUCUGCUUCUCCCUUCAUUCACUCAUUCGCCUCCACGCGGGUGCUUUAUGCCUGCGUGUCAAGACGUCUUGGCUUGUGAGUGCAAGACAAGAGAGAUUUGUCUCGUUAUUUUCCCAUCUACAGCGCGCCAUCUUUGCGUACCAAGGCUUGGCGUAUCAACCCAUGCGCCCCCACCGGAUUCGGCUGCACUCCGUCACUCUCGAUAAUCGGUCCGGUCAUCUUGACCGACCCUUACGUCUGCCUAGGCAUGCCCUAUUCGCCUGGGCUGCUAAGCUGGUCUUGUUCGCCUCCAUCGUGUGUCGUUUUCCACCGCGUCUGGCGCUCAUCUGCCGGUUCCAUCUUACGACUGCCAGGCAUGGACAGUUGGUCUAUUGGGCGAAGAUAGAGAGACAUUUCUUUAGGCUGGUGACCCUAGCCUGA